AUGACGCUGAAGAUAAAGACCCUGUCUUUGAAUGAUACCCCUCCAACUUUACCACCAAAUACGGUGAUACCGAGAAGUCAACAGGUAUGCGACGAUGUUGUAAGAUUAUGGAAAGAAGAGCCGGCGGCAGAAGAUCUGCCGAUAGAUUCCCUAUAUAGAAGAAUUAUUGAUAGGAACCAAGAAUGGUCUAUUUCAAGGGAACAUUUUUUGGAAGUCAUAAAACGCCACAAUCUGGUUUAUGAUGAGAAUAGUCCGUCAUCUAGAUGUUAUGACAAGAUGAUUGAAUUUCCACCCUGUGAUGUGAAACAAUGGAAUAAAGAAGGUAUGUAUGAAAUAAGGGAUUGCCAGGAUGCUCAAGAUAAAAAUGGAAAAGGUAGAGGUGUGUAUGCCUUGAAACAUUUCAAGAAAGGCGAUAUGAUCUUCGAAGAGAAACUGCCCAUAGUAAUUAUACCACCCAUGGAAAAAUUAGAAUUAAUGUCUAAGGGUAAAUGUUGCACUUUAUGUGGUAAAUCGCUAUAUGAAUUAAGCACUCAUUAUAUUAUGAUGAAUGGAUUGGAUUGUAAUGAUUGUACUGCUGUCUGGUGUUCUAAAAAUUGUAAAAAGAUGGAUUCCUGUCGUCAUUCAUUUUUGAAACAUGUGAAUCUCAAAAAGAGAAACCAUUGGUAUAAAUUCGAGAAUUUUUGUAAAGAAAAGAAUUUUGUUGCUGGAUACUCCGUUGGUAUUAUUUAUGCCACUAUCUUACUUAAUAAGAAAAAUCGAGACUCAAUUAAAACAAAAUAUGAAUCGUUAGCACAAGUUUCUCAAAGAAUUAGGAUUGAAUCGAGCGAUUCUACUAAUAUUGGUGGCACUUUGGAUGCAUCUAGUGGUGCUCAAUCUACUAACAAUGAUGAUGAUAGUGGCCCUGAAUCUGUAUGGGAACAAGCUUAUAAAUUAUUCAAAGAAACAUUUCCAACCUUAAAUGCAGAUGAGGGGUUUUCCUUGGAUGACUUUUUGUUAGAUAUUGGCAAAUUUAAUAUCAAUCAGUUAGAGGGCCAAAUAUACCAUCUUUAUUCAUUUAUUAACCACAAUUGUGAACCCAAUAUUCGGUACGAAAUUGAUUCUAAAUUAUGCUUAAGAGUCUUCGCAAGAAAACCAAUUCAACCUGGUGAAGAAUUACUGACCACUUAUGUAAAUCCGUUACAUGGCGUAAAACUAAGAAGAAGAGCCUUGAAAGUUAAUUGGGGGUUCCUUUGUCAAUGUGCUAGAUGUGAAAAUGGAAAUAGUCAAAAAAUAGGCAUUCCCAGCCCUCCUGACAGUUUAACUAAAGAUAACGUAUCAAUAUCAAUUCCAAAAUUGAAAAUUACUUUACAAGAAGGCUCCAACAGAAGAAAAUCUUCAAUGAGGGACAAGAGACCUGAUCUAACAGAAUUAUUGAAAAAUGGAAAGGAAUUCGAUCUAGAAAUUCCUGACAAUUUAGGUUCUGUCAGAGCCAGAAGAAGGACAUCCGUCAGAUUUGAUGAGAAUGUGUCAUUCGCAAUAGAAGAAUAA